CAACACCAAGCAUUUUUCAGAGAAAUUGAAACCGUCACAUCUUUUGGCGAAAAGCAACAUCAUGAUUAUGAUUAAAAAGGAGGAUGGUAAGAAAGACAAACAAAUCAUUAACUACCCUUGCACUUGCAACAACAAAAAAAUAAAUUUAUAGAACAAAACGACGUUGACUAUUGGCAUAUGAGCAUUUUCUCAUCAAGAAAAUAAUAAAUAAUCAACUAAAUAUUAAAAUCAUUCAACUCAUUCAUUCACUUACUUUUCUCACGACACAGACACAUUUCAUGAUUCCAUGCAUGUGACAUAUGAAUCCCUCUCUCCAUUUUAUUUUAAAAUAAAAAUAUUGGCAUAUUUAUUCACACUUUUGAAAUUUUAAUUUAGAGAAUAUUGUUGUUCAAUUUAUGUAGGCCAUUUAAUUAUAUUAUCUUCGUCAAUUUUGAGGGCUUCCAAUUCCAAUCGAUCAUCCAUGUAUUGACCAUUCUGGCUACUCCUAUUAUUAAUCAAAUGCUUUUUGAUACUGGUACUUACAUCUGUGAUAAUAUUUUAAGGGCUAUCAUAAUUAGCCUACUUCAUAGCACACACGUCUAUUUUUCCCAUUGUAACCAAAGAUUUUUUAAAAAAAAUUUAGUGUUCACACACAGUGGCGCAGCUAGGGUUAGUGCCAGCUGGGGCGUAUCAAGCUUUUUGCCGCCUCUUCCAUGAAGCAGCCUGCAUGCACCGUUUUAAUGAUUUUUCUCAGACCUGCUGUGCGGGACAGGGCAAUCCAUUCAAGUGCACGUGGACCGAACAAAAAAUUGUUAAAAGUUACGUUAAAAAUCUUUUGAAAACAAGUGCCAGUAUGUCGUUCUGGUGCGUUUUAAGAAAAAAAGCCCUUUUAUUAACCAUUAUUUAUGUCUUAGGUCCAUUUAUGAUGAAGUUAUAUGUCAGUUUUAGACCAUCAUUGAAACCAGUUAAUCAGAUUCUCUUGUCGUAUUAGUUCGUUAGUUGGGAUGACAUGAUGAGGGCUUUGAGAGCACUUUUUAAAAUAAAUGCUGUUGUAUUACUGUUGGCCAACUUAAAUAAACUAAUAAUCAGAUAAUUCUUCUUCCCAUCCCCCAUCACCCAAACUGAAAAAAAUUCUUAUGGUAAUGCCCCCCCCCCCCGACACAACCUUACAGACACAUACACUUGACUGGUAAUCUCAUAUUUUGGCACAGUUAAGUUAAACACCAUCGACCAGUGAGAAUCAUUAAACGUUUUAUUAAAAAAAAACUCCCUGUUUACUUGAUAGAAACUCAUUAUGACACUUCAAUAGUUAAUUGUAAAAAUAUUUGGGGCCGUCUAUAAAGUACGUCACACUAUUUUUGACCAUUUUCACCCCCCUCCCCCCCCCCACCACCCGUCACAAACCUCGGCAACCCCCACCCCCCCCCCCCCCCCCCCCCCCCCAAGUACAUCACACUUUCGAACAAAACUUUUUAAAAAUUAACACCUAAUUAAAAUUUAAUCUAACACACUUCACUAUUAAACUGUAUUAAAAUAUACAAUUUCCACUUAAAAGAACUAUCACAUUAUUAAAAUUACUUUUAUAGUAGAAUAGUUAAUUGUCAACAGUUGUCAAGUUAUUCAUUGAAGCAGUAACUCAAUCUAGAUUGAAUUUGAAAACAAAAAUUGCAAAAAUUAGACUAGACAAUUAUAUAAUACACAUCAUUUAUCUGCUGCUUUUUCAUUUACAAAAGGUGAGGUCAAGUUUUAGAUAAUUUCCGAGUAUGCAAUCUUUUUACACAGGAUAAGAAGUAAAUUAGCGAAACUUGACCUCACACAGUGAUUACAUAAUAAAAAGGAAACAAAACAAUUUGACUAAAAAAAAGACUAGAUUGACAAAUUUUGUGACAAACUCUUGUGCUAUAUUGAAUCUGUUUAUUAUGGGCCUGUGAAUUAUGUUUAAUUCAAAAAUAUUCACUGGACAUCAUCCAUCGAUGGUGAAGUGAAGUGUUCAUCCAUAGUUAAGAAUGGCAUCAAUCUUUCACCAUCAUGGUUUCCUGGAAGGAUAAUUGCAUACAGAUCAACUUCAUCCUCAUCUAGCCACUCAACAUCCUCUGAAUGUGCAUUUUCUCUUCUGACAAUAACUGCCAUGAGUUCUCUUUGCCUUCUAGCAGCGAUUCUCAAAGGACUGAUGCGUUUUAUCUGAGAUGAUUCUGGAACAGUUUGGGUCGGCACAUUCUCUCGAGCCCGAGCUCUGUGUUGUCCUGCAUGUUUCUUCGACAUUGUUUGUGAGGCAAAGUAUAAGUGACACACUUUGCAAAUUUGAUCAAGUAAGCUGGUCUGCAAAGAUGGGCAAUGAAGAUCAUAUAGUUGUAUUUUGAAAACUCCUGUUGAUCUCGGUAAGGCUAUACAUAAAACAAGGCUUCGUAACAGCAUACUAGUGCUCCUAGCGAGAGGAAUCGUGAACAAUACAUUCAGGAGAUGUGCAUUUCAUGCUAUUUUGACAUAAAACUAAUUCAAAUGUUUCACAAAAUUUUUGAAAAUUAUUUUUAAAGCUAUUAAAUUCUACCUAAAAAAAUAAAAAAUAAAUUAGAAAUAAAAUAAAAAAAUAAAUAAAUGUGUGACGUCACACAUGGCCUGACCCCCCCCUGUCACAAACUGUCACACUUUCUUAACCCCAGUCUCCCCCCCCCCUCUCUGGAGCGUGACGUACUUUAUGGACGGCCCCUUUAUUGUUUUCCUAUUUUUCAUGUAUUUUUGUGGGUUUUGAGAUUACCCGCUCCACCCAUUGGAGAAAUCCUAGAUAUGAUAAUAAAGUCCUUGGUAAAUAAUGUUCAUCUUGUAAAUUGUAAACGAAUUAUUUCUUUUGAACCUGCUUUCAGAAAAAUGGAAUCCACGUCCACGACAAAAUGGUUUAGAGUGUUUGGUCAAUGUGCAAGAUGUGGGCAGUUCAUGAAAACAAAAUGCAUGAUUUUAUGUCAACAAUGCAAUGAAGCCAAGUAUGAGUUGAAUUAACUAAUUAAUUAAAUAAAAGAAAUAUUUUGGAUCCAUAAGGUGUCAUUCACCAUUUAUUAAUGGGUAACUUUUUAAAAAGAAAUUUAAAAUACAUUAUUCAAAUUCAAGUUUUCCUGAUUCUCUAUGUUCAAGGUGGAGUGAUUAAUUUCAUUUAGUUGGCUAAACCUGUAAUUUCUUUCAGUUUGCUACACCUCUAAUUUCACUCAGUUGGCUUAACCUUUAAUCAAUCCUCCCCAGUUUGCUAAACCUUUAAUUUCACUCAAUUGGGUAAACCUCUAAUUUCACUCAGUUGACUAAACCUUUAAUCUUACUCAGUUGGCUAAACCCUUAAUUUGACUGUUUGCUAAAACUCUACCGUUGCUUGUGUGAUUUUUUUUCCCCUUGCAAACUUUGCAUAGUUCAAAUAACCAUCAACUUUAGUCCCUAAUUGAAAUAGUGCAAACUAAAAUCUAUCUUCUCUUAUUAACUGAAUUCACCUCAUACAGGGACAUAACAGUUUAGCACAUUACAUUAUUUUUUAGUUAUUUUUUUUGCAAAAAAUGUCCAUUGCUUUUGGCGUUCAUCUUAUAAUGAGAAUUGUAUUGGUGGCGGAGUGAAGUAUCUGUUCCAGUGAAUUUGGUAGAAUCUUUUUAUUAUUUUGAAAGGCUUGUAAUGUAAGAUGUUGAGAUUGUUAUUUUAAGUGUGACAAGCUAACAUGUCUUACAUAGAAGGGAGAAAUUGAUUUUGAUUUGUUAACAUUGAAAAAUGUAUCUCUUGUUUUUAAGCUUAGAAAAAAACAAAUAUGUCUAUCUCCAGAUACUGCUCAAGACAAUGCCAGGAAGAGGACGAAGAUCAUCAUAAAGAGAUGUGUAACUUCGCCACUCCCAUCCCACCUAUCAAAACAGGCCAAGAAAAGUCUGUUACUAAUAUUUCAGCUGAAAGCAGGACAUCUGUGAAUUCCAAUACUGGAACUAAGUCAGCACUCGGCACACAUUUUCAACAAAUGGUGACUGAAAGGGCACAGCCACUCAGCCAAUCAGGGAACAUUUUGAAGAGAGAUGAAUGCAAGGGGAGCACAGGCAGUGGCAUAUCAACAAAAUCUGAGAUACUGUCUGAAGUAAAACCAAAUUCACAGCCUAACAAGAAGAAAUUUAGUGACUUUUAUCAUGAUUCUGAUGAAGAGAACAGCAACAAGGAUUCAGGACAAGAAGAGCUGGCAGGUAUUAGCACAUUUUAAUAACAUUAUUUUAAAUGAAACGAUUUUUAUCAGGAAGUUAAAGAUUUAGAUGUAUUAACAUUUAAUUACACACUCAUGUGUGCCGUAAUAAGUAAAUAUAAAUAUCAUUUUUUCAUUUAUUAGCAUGCAACCUUUCCUCCAAUGAAAAUAAUGUUUUGCAUCAUAAAUAUUAUAACUAUUACUGUUUUGUAAAAAAAAAAAAAAAAAAAAAAAAAAAAAAAAAAAAAAAAAAAAAAAAAAAAAAAAAAAAAAGCUGUCUUUCCAAAUUAUUAUUUGACAUUACGUUAAGCAGUUUUGCCUAUGAUAACUGAAAUUUCUGUACUUUGAACACUCCAAUCAACAAUGGUAUUUUUGAAUAUACUCUCCUGAAGUAAUCAGUAACUACAUUAACAUCUACACGGUUAUCCAAUGAAGUGAUCCUUACAAAGCUCAGCCAUUACAAAAGUCUUCUCCCACUCACUGUAACAAAACCUUCUCAUCACUAUCAGUGUCAUAGAUAUUCCUCAGCAAAAUACUGUAAAAACUUUUGUCAAUUUAAAGAAUUUACAAAGAAGAAAAUUGUACAUUUUAGUAUUUUAAUACUUUGAAAAAGAAGAAAUGAAGUUUUCUAUGUUAAAAUUUCUGUUUGAUUUAUAAGAAUCAGUUUUAUGAUUUUUUAAAACUCAUGUGAUGGCAUGGACAUUUUACCAAAAGUAAAUAUUCAGGGUUUCUUCUAAGAUGAACUGAUUGCCAGAUUGAUGGACAGCAUUUAAAAAUAAAAACUCAUGUUUUUUCAAUUCAGCUUCCGGAAUCAACAGCGAGAAAUCCCAGGCUGAUAGCAAUGGCAAGCCAAAAUUUCUGUUGGCAUGUUCCAAGUGUGGCAAGGAAAGUUUUGACUUGUUAUUUUGUGCUAGAUGUCACUUUACCCCUUACUGCAGCAAAGACUGCCAGAGACAGCACUACCCGGAACAUAAAAAUUUAUGCAGUAAGUUUUAUAUAAAUAUUUAUGCUCUAAGUCGGUGUUUCACAAACUUUUUCUGGCCACUGCCCCCUUAAGGGCAUUAUCUCAUCCUUGGAAUUCCCGUCUUACUUCAUUAUUAAAUUAUUAGAAUAAUAUUUAUCUAUGAAAAGAUGAUGACAAAUUUAAAUGUAAAAUAUAUUAAUAGUAUUUAUAUUUAAAAAAAAAGAAAUUUGUAACUUAAAUUAAUUUGACAAUAAGCUAAAUUAAACUUGAUCAAGCUAUACCUGACCCUUUUUUAAGUAGGAUAAAUAUUUAGGAGUAUUAUAUUUUCUUUAGGUUUCCAUUGGUCAAUUAUUCUUAGGAAUGUAUGGAUUUUUGAAAGUUAUAGCAGAUUUUAAUUGCCUUGUCUUCAAAAAUCUCAAAAAACAUAUAGCUGUGAAAAUUUAACCAUGCACAUGCCAUUAGAUGCACAAGAACAUUCGAAUGAAAAAGCAUACAGAUUUUCAAAAUCUUCACUGCUCUCAAAAAAGAGUGCCAAGUUUAGUUAAUAGCUGACAACAUAUGCUCAUAUUUAAUAAUUACUGCAGUAAUGACGCAGUUUCAUUACUGACUUCAUUAGAAACCCGAAAGAUUUCAAUGAGUAUCAAAAUUUGGUAAAGUUAUUUUUUUAUUCCAACAAGCAAAAACCCAUGUGGUAGCCACAUUUAAAUGAAAUAAAAUUUGCUUAUUUUUCUGUUUUUCUGGUUGUCUGUAAAAUAAAAUAAUUGAUUGAAACUUUCCUAUGUUACAAGAUGUACAGAAGUAGAAGCAUAGCUUUUUCAUCUGGAAAUUCAGCUCUUCCAGUUCUAACACAAUUUCUUUUGAAUUUGAUAUACACCUUAACUUACAGAUUCUAUAAACUCAGAAUCCCUUUGACUUCUGGUUGGAAUAUUAAAAUUUCUUGAAAACUGUGAAUUUAUAAAUAAACUAUGCAAUUGUUAUGAUGAUGAUCCACGCAAGGAAUGUGUGUUAUGAUGAGAUCAAACUUAAAUAUCCUUGAUUAAUUUUUAUUCUUCCUAGUAAGGUAUACAAGUAUGUUUGUUGAUUGUUGCUGGCUCUUAUCUUUGACAGUGUGAUGAGAGGUCUGUUCACUCUCUUCAAAUUUUUUAGGCAAAAUUAUAUUUAUUCAGUCUGAUGCCUAUCAUGUAUGCUAAUGUGAUGCCUAUAAUCAAAUCAUUUUAUCAUAUUUUUUAAAUAUAUAAUAUUAAACUUUUAUAAAAUAUUGAUAAAUGUUCUCCAGCAUCCCCCUUGGGGGUCCCAGUGCCCCCUAAAAUUUCUCAUCCCACCAGCGCCCCUGGACUAACCCCCCCCCCCCUCCACCCAAUUGCUCCGAGUCGUUUGUGGGAGGGGGGGGGGCAUUGCAAAUCAAACAUUUGUAGUAAUUCCAUUGUCCUUUUGAGAGCCAAAGAGGCACAUUGUUUAGUCUGGCCACAUGAGAACAGCUUGGUUAGCACUAAAGCAAAUUCACCCAGAACUUUCUAGAAUGUCAAGUGUUUUGUGGGGAAGGGGGGUGGUUUGGGAAGUGAGUGGAUUGAUGUAUGUUCUUAAGUGAUAUAUUCCUAAUUAUAAAUAAAAAACAAUGAGACAAAAAUAAACCUUAGCAAUUAAAGUAGACAUGUGCUAGUAUAGCAGACGGGGUUGCUAAUGUCCAAAUUUUUUCUUUUUUUAGCCCAACUGUGAUUAUAUCCUUGUUUAAGAGUGGCCCAUUUAAAUUAGAAGCUUUUUUUUAUAGGGUUCUGUUUCCAACCCAACUCUAUGGUGAGAACAAUUGGGUGGAGUGACAUCACUGGAGGGCAAUACAAUACUGAACUUAGGUGUAGGCCAGUUUUUUUCGAGAUGCUUGAGUGGGGAGGUGUAGUUGCCUGAAAAUUUUUUUUUUCUUAAAUGUAUUUAUGAUAUUUCCUUUCAGAAAUAUAACAAGAUUUCAAGAUUAAAUAUAUUUAACAAAUAGAGCAGAGUAUUAUUAUUCUAUUUCUAUAUACAGGGAGAUCCGAACUGUUUAAGAAACUGUUGACCUUUUUGAAAGAAGAGGAACAUCCAAAGAGGCUGCAAAGCUAUGGAUUACCUCAUUCAAGACCAAUAAGUCCUUUACUUGUUACAAUGUUUGAUGAAUAUUUGGGUGAGUAUAUACAUUUUCAAUAAAGCUUACAUCAGUAAAAUAUAACAUAAUGGCAUGUAAUCACAUCUUUAAAUAUAAGUGGAGUAUUUACUUAAGGAAAAAGUAGUGUAAGGGUGUAAGAAAACAUGAUGAGAAAUAUCCAUUUAUCCAUUUACUAAGCAGCCUUAAAAAGAAGUUGCAUAUUUUUAAAAUAUAUCAGUAUGCCGAGUCAUCCAGUAGUGGCAGUUAAAAAAUAUAUCUGGGGUAGUAAAGCAAAAUUCAGUUGUACUUUUAAGAUUAAUCAAUUAACAUUAAUAACUAGCACAUUAUCUAUGACAUCAUAACAUUUUUUCUAUAACUUACAACAUUUAUUCUCCAUUGAAGUCCCUUCGCCAUGUGUUUUGGGAAGGGAGAGGUGUCGUCCUUUACUUCUAUUGCCCUGUGGAUUAAAGUUGUAAAUAAUUUCAAAACCACAUUAGGUCUGCUCAUGCCCUUUUUGACCUUCUCUCACCUUAUUUCCACAUCUUUCCCAUUUAGGGCACUGGGCUUUGCGGAAUGCCACCAUCUUGGGAUCGAAAUGGUCUUUGAUAAAUAUUUUUAAAAAUAUUAGAUGGUUAAAUGAUCAUAUGAGCAGUAUAAAAUAAAUGUGAAAAAAGCCUUAGGAAAAAAAUACUUAAAUUGCAACAUUAAUCUCUAUAGGCUGUGUCACUGUAGCUCCAACGCCAAGGCCUAUAAUAACAGUACAGAUUGCGGGUCUGUAUGCACACUUGUUUCGUCCAGCUGUGGUUGUAGAGGUAAGUUGUUGGUCUGCUGAUAUAGCCCCAAGUUUAAUUUACACGGUGUUUAAAGUAACCAUGGGGCAUGUUGUGUUAAAUUAAUAAUUUUACUUGAUGUGUUUAAUUAACCUUGUGGCAUUUUAUUUUACACACCAUGACAAAUUUAACACACCAUGUUUAAUUUCACCGUCAUGGUGUGUAAAAUUAACCAGGGUGUGUUAAAUAAGUCAUUUUGUGUUAAAUUAACUGUAGUGUGUUAAAUUAACAGUGGUGUGUUAAAUUAGUUAUGAUGUGUUAAAUCAACCAUGGUGCGUUAAACUAACCAUGGUGUGUUAAAUCAACCAUGGUGCGUUAAAUUAGUCAUGAUGUGAGAAAUUAUGUGUUUUUGGCUGAGAAAAUGAGGAGACUUAAGUCAAUCUGUACAUUUGAGUAAACACUCUAUGAUGUUAGAGAAUUUAACGGCCUCUGUGAUUUUAGAGAAUUUAACGGCCGCUAUGAUGUUAGGGAAUUUAAUGGCCUCGGUGAUGUUAGGGAAUUUAACUGCCUCGGUGAUGUUACGGAAUUUAACGGCCUCUGUGAUGUUAAGGAAUUUAACGGCCUCUGUGAUGUUAGAGAAUUUAACAGGCGUCAUAACCUCAUUAUGUCUCUUAUUUAUUGUUGGCUUUUGGAAGCUUGGGCCAGUGUUCAACAGUUCAGAUAAAAAAUGUUCAGAUAAAAUAUUGUGUCCUCACGCCCACUCACAUAUUUGGGUCAUUGUCCAUGUUUUCACUAAUUGUUUUAUUUUUUUUUUUACACUUGACCCUGUUGUCAGUACAAUUCAAAUAUAAUUUUUUUUCACCUGCCUGCCUCCCCCAGCUCUCUCCACACUCCACACUCCAUCCCCAUAUCCCCCAAAACACAAUACUCUCACUGCAUUGUUUAAAAUUAGAAUAAUCAAAUUAAUAAAACAAUCAAAUUUAUGAAAAUUUUCAUAAACUUUUUAUCUUUGAAAAAACAACACAGGAUGUCGUCGGUCAACAGACUCACAUCAUAUUUCAUGAUGAGGUCAAGACAAUGGGCUACAUCAGCAUAAAACAUAAGGAUAAGCCAGCGGAGACAAAACUGUGUGAACUGGUCCACUGUUUAAAACCUGGCAACUUCAUGGUGCUGAUGGAUGCAUUCUGGCAUCACUUCAUGGAUGGAACAAUGGGAAUCCGUGUGGAUGAUUUAGAAACUGUCCAUUUUGUUCAUAUGGAUUAACCUAAUAUUUUUCUCAACUGUGAUACGUUAGACUUAGAAACUUGAAAUACUAAAUAUGCACAUUUUAAAGGACAUACGUAAUGAUCUAAAUCAAGAGGAUCCUACAUGCUGUAGCGAAUUCCAAAAAUGGAAAUAAAAUACAAUAUGAAGCCGUUAUUAAUGCUAAAUGCCUAUGGGGAAAAUUUUUAAAAAUCCUAGUUAAUUAUAAAACCUAUAAUAUUCAAUACAAAUUAUAAGAAUGCUGUGAAGAAUCUAUGACCGUGAAAUGGGAUAUUACAUGAUCUUGGCAUGACUAUCAAUAUUUAGCAUAUUUAAUGGCACAUUUAUUUUCAUUUGCCAAAGUAACGGAUACAUGAAAAAGAUUGUUAAAAUUUUUUUUUAUUCACAUAUCAACUAGAAAUAAUACAACAGCAGGAGGUCAUCAUCUUACGAUCCACAAGAUAUAAAAACAUCAGUUUUUUAAAAACAAAAAUCACCAAUCUUCUUACUUUAAAAAAAUAACCUUCAAAACUGCACUCAUAGCACAUCUUUUUAAACUCUACUAUCCUGACUGAUACCCCCUCUGACCAAAAAACGAUGCUGCUGGGUGUCGUCCAUGGCUUGACAUGUAAAUAGUUUUUAAAAAUACAUUAGUUUGGUUUUAUUUAAUUAAUGUAUGUUAAUUAAUUUUUUAAGUUCAUGAUUAUGUUUGUUAAAUUGUGUGUACAGCGUGGUGAGCCCAGCCCUUGGCUGGAGUGCCAAGCUAUAUAAAACCGUUCAUAAUGAAAAUAAUAAUUUGCCUUUAUGGACCCUGAUUAUUGCAUUAUACCCGGUUUAGAAUGACCUGAAACAAAUUUUUUCUGCUUCAAGAUUACCGGUUUAAGCUGUUCAAUCUCCAACACAAAGUCCCCUGAAAUGACCUCACAGAAUGUCACACGGGUCAGGUCUAGUCUAUUUGGGGAUGAAGCGUGUUUUUCAAAUAAACUUUAUUAUUAUUAUUAUUAUUAUUUGGGUCUUCUGCUGUUGAGUUAUCUCUGGUUUUGGGAAGUGAACUCAGUUACAGUCUAUAAAUAUGAUGAAGUCAUUGCUUAUAAGGUUUCUACAAUGGUUUUUCUUCUCAAACAGAAUCUUAGUUGGUCAUUACUGACUGGCAAAAAGAUUCUGUUUUAUUUAGAAAAUAGUGACACCCUUGUAUAAAUUUGUAAUAUCCUUGUGUAAAAUUGUGACAACUCUGUAUCAAUUAAGAUACAAUUUGUGACACUGGUGUACAAGAUACUGACAUUCUUUUAAAUUUUGAAAAUAUGUAAAGAUUAAUUAUAAUUUGUUACAAAAUAAAUAUACCAUUAAAAUUAUAUAAGUAUAUUGUAAUGGUAUGGAUGAUAUAAUAGUCUAUAGUUCCUUGUUUGGAUGGAAAAUUCAGGAACUUGAUCCAAAUUAUCCAUUUUCAUGUUCAGAAAUAUUAAGAAAUGAAAUAGGCAUGUAUGUCAUUGAAAUACAUGGGGCAGAUACAUCUUUCAUGCUAAAUGGCCAUCAUUCCUUAUCAUUACUGUGGCUUUUUUGUAUUAUCACAAUUUAUUGUUGUGGCUUAUUUACAUUUACAUAAUUUAAACUAUAUUUCCCUGACUGAUUCCCCUUCUCUGACCGAUAAACGAUCCUGCCGGCUGCCGUCCAUGGUUUGCCUUGUAAAAGUUCUGGGGUGGGAUGGGUGAAUAUACAUUUUGUUUGUUUUUUUGGUUACAUGCUGUUCUUUAUUACAUAAAUGUAUUUUAUUUAAAUGUCAUGAUUAUGUCUCUUUUGCUAAUAUUUUUAUGCACAGCGCAGUGAGCCCACCCCUAGACUGGGGUACCGCACUAUAUAAGACCACUAAUUAUUAUUAUUAUUAUAAUUCCUAAUCAAUGGUUGUGAAUUAUUUAAAUUUACAGUGAGAAGAAAAAUAAAACCUAAAAAAACAACAACACACAAGCAAAAAAUUAAAAAAACCAAAAAAAAACAACUGGUUGAAGUGAAAAGAUCAGUGUAAGUUAAAUUAUUUUUAUAAUUAACUGCAUAUCUUAUCUCUUGGAAGUGGAAGGAAAAUUCCUCCAAACUGUGAUUCUCUAUUUAAAAUUUUUAUUAUUUUUUUUUUUUAAAUUUCUUAUAACACUUGUAUGCCUUAAUAAAAAUUGUUUGAGUGUCUGAUUUGCUCAGCAACAGACCAUUGAAUCUGUUGUAUGCACUUUUUGAGUUUUUAAAACCCAUGAUCUAUCUCUUUAGGCUGUCUAUGCAACACGUGUGUUAACAAAUAGUCUGAGCACAUAUUCUGUUGUGAUUCUGAAGCUGCUCAUACCAGUGCUGCCCCAUUAUUAUUUUGUCUCAUAUCCUUACUAAUAUAUAUUCCAUAUGGCCUUAUUUGCUAAUUGACUGACAAAUGAAUCCUCAACUUUCAUUUUAAAAAAUAAUUUCAUUCCUGCAUCUUCCAUGUUUUUUUUUCUCUUUAACUGAAUUAUCCCUAUGAGCCUGUCUUAGUAUAAAUAAAAU